AUGUCAUUCAGAAAAGAUAAUUUUCGGGUUCAAAACUAAAAUUUGAUGCUGUUUAUUAUAAAAAUACACUAAAACAGCAAGAAAAGAAAAGACCUGGAUCUGGUUAACCCCUUUCGUAGCUAACUUUCCCAUUAUUUCCUAGAAAACCAGUUUAUUCUGGCAAGUUAAGAAAUAUUAUAGUAUCCUCAGAAAAUGUUAAUUAACAACAUCGUAUUAUUAAAUCAGGCAAUAGUUAAUAGAGUUAAUAUUAAUUAACUCCCUCAGUUACUUAAUCCCAAUUAUUAGGCGUCGUAAGAAUAUUUUAUAAUAACUUUUCAUAGUUCACCUUAAUUUUAAAUUAAAAGUUCCUAAGUGCUGAAUCAAAUCACAAUAGGAGAGAAAAAAUCAAUAGAAAAACCAGGCAUUUUAACAAGCACUGAUUAAAAUGAUAAAUAAUUUCACGGAAUAAUUAGACAGAACUUGUAGUGA